AUGGCUGAACUGUAUCAGUUUAUCAGCAACUCAACAACUAUUGAUCUUGAUAUUAUGUUCCGUUGCCCACAUUAUGUGGAAGUAGAAGGCAUUGAGUUUCAGCCCCUGGACAGAGUGCAGCAUGAAUUACUCUUAGAGAAUGAGGAGGUAGAUUUGCAAACAGACACAUAUUGGGAACAAAAGUUGCCAAGUGAUUACGAAGACAUAAUUAAGAAGUCAAAAAAUUGUGUAGAAUGGACAACAAAGAAGGAACUCUACUCUAUUCUUCGCAAAGGCUGUUAUGGAGCCUAUGAGUAUCUGUUCAAAGGGAAGAACUCCAUAAUUCCAAAACAAGUACUUACGUGUUUAUGGGAAGAAAUGUCAUAUGAUAUCAGCAAUACUGGCUUUGGAACCUACAAGUUUUCGAUGGCAAUGGCGGUCUUUAGCUGA